CGUUGGCAGCGGGAGCGGCUGUUUACAGGUCCGACAGUAGCCUUGGACUGCAAAAAAAAUAAGGUGCUUAAGCAAAAAAGGAUGUGGCCAUUAUGGGGACUAGACCUGAACCGAGUCCGCUGUGACCUGGUCUUCACAGAAGCCAUCAAUCAAAGGAUGCAGGUUCCCAACAGGCUGAAGGUAGCAGAUGGCUUCAGCCCUGUGGAUGAGGAGCCAGUGACAGAGGAUGUCCCUCCUUCCUUUCAGAUGUACAUCCCUGACAGGAUUUCUCUCGCAGAAAUAUCAGAUGCCAGUUUGAGGCCCGUCCUGCUGAACCAGCAAAAGAAGGUCCCCUCUGUCGUGGUGCACAUGUCCCCGGACACCUCUGCACAGCCCACCCACCUCGGGGAGCUCCCCUUUCUGCACGUACCCAGCAGAUCAAGCUCCCAGAAACGCAAACGAUUGGGCCAUCAGAGCAGCAGGUCGCGGCGGGAGAGGACUCCAAGUGACUGUGCCCAGCUGGUCUUGCACAGCCCAGGCCAGCACCAUGAGCGGCCAGAUGUGUGUCCCCUGCCCAUGCGUGGUGCCCCGCUCCCCCUCUUCGCAGAGACGGGCAGGAUCUACUCCAUGCAGAACAUCUUCCAAACCAUGUACCAGCUGGGCCAGGUGCUCUUCCACCGUGUCCAGAACUCUCUGCAAGACCCGGUGCCAUCCAGCUCCCAGGAAACUGGCCCAGCCCCAGUGAGCACCUUGGAGGAGGUGGGGAUGGCUGAGAUGGCAGCGAUGCGAAAGCAGUUGACAAGGAUCUCGGGGAGGCUCCGCAUGCUGGAGGAGCAGUGCGAUGCCUGGCGGCAGAAGGAGGCCCUGGUCUACUCCGUCCUGAUCUCCGCCUGCCUCAUCAACACCUGGCUCUGGCUGAGGAGAUGAUGUCCCGUGCCCUGACCUCCCCUGCCCAACCCUGGCAGGGUGGGCGAGGGCGGCGAGAGGAUCCAUGCUUGCAAACAGUAAAACUACGUGUUUCUUCUUAACUUGACCUGCUUUUUUGCACUGUAGGCCCUUGAGGAUCUGUGUCCUUUAGGCCCUGAUCGCACUGAAGGUGCCAUCCCUCUCCCGUGCUCCAGCAUCAGAGGUGGCUGAGGGAAAGGAUAAAGCUGGACCUCGUGUCACAGCAGCUGAAGAAGGGGUGUCAGGGAGAGGUGGGGUACAAGGAGUGUGGCCCAACAGGUGUAGUCCCAGGGCUGGAGCUGUGGUUGCAACUGCUCUGUGUGCACAAGCAACCAUCUUGUAUGUUUGAUGGGGUCAGUGCUUGUGUGGGAAGCUGCUGUGAAGACCCCAGGUCUCAUAAGAAAUUGGCUGAUACAGGGGGUGUCUGUCCUGCGCAGAGCAAUGGGAGACCCUCUGGCCCUUGGGCUGUCAGCCAGAGGAGAUGCAAAACCAAGGCAUUGGGUGUUUGUGGGCAUGGGGUCUUGUUACAGUCUUAAGAGUGUGGUGGGCCUAGUCCCCUGGCUGCUUCCUGGCUGGGAUAACUCAAUUCUGACCCCAUGAAAGUCCUCAGCCAGCUGCUGUGAUCUGCUCCUCAUCUUCCACCCCAAAAAGCUUGUGUAGAGUGCUUGAGUUUGGGUUUUCUUUUCUGCUUUGUGCAACUGUUCUUCGGUGGAGGUGGUACUGCCAGUUCUCCCAUGCCAUAGCUCCUGCUCCAGGAGGCAUGGAGCUGGAGGAGCCAGGACCUCCCAGCCCUGGGAGCUGCUGUGCCACUGUCUCCUCAGCUCCCAUCCUUCUGGAGGCAGUUCAGCAGCGGGUUUGCAAAUGUUCAGAUGCAAAGUGACUGUAAGAGCGUUGCUGAGGUCUGGGCUUAUCCAGGAGCUUGGCUCUUUCCCAGAGAGAUUUAAAUGGGAAAACUCCCCGUGGUGACUCUCUGGAUUAUCAGACCUUGUACCAACAGUGAUAGCACCAGACAGGCCAUGGAAAAUUGCCCAUUUGGGCAGCAGUAGGUAUUUGUUAGGUUGCCAAUACCAGAGGGCAGGAUCGCUCCCAGGUCUGCUGCCAAGCUCUAACUUCAACGAUGGUGCAAGAACACAGGUGGGGGGAAUUUUUGGCCCAGAUGCUCUUUAGCUAAAAACAAGCCCAGUUCAACAGCUUUUCAGUUUCUCUUUUUCUGUGGAGUUUAGUAACACUUGCAUCUGAGGUGACUUUGAGAUGCUUUUGUUGGUUCAUCCAGCACAUUUGCUGGAGUUGUGCUUGCAGACUCUGGGGGCAGGUGUUGGCUUAACAGGACCUCUCUGUUCCACCUGUAAGUAAUUGUAACUGGGUCUGCAGGUCAUCCAGAUGUCCCAAUGGCUUAUUUACAGACAUGGAUGCUUGGGUGUUUUCUGCCUGCAACAGCAUCAAGCAUCCGUGGCUGUAAAUCUGGCAGCUGGACAUCGACUAAUAAAUAAAUGUCCCACAAGUAAUUGCAGGUCUGAACCUGUGCCUGGUAGCUGGGCUGAGGAGAGCGCUGAGAUUUAUUGCAGACGAGAGCCAGGAUGGUGUGGUGGGCUUGGCGUGACGUGCCAUGACACAGGGGACGUGUGAGGGACAGGAGCACUGGUGCAGGGGUGGUUCUUGUGGCUCAGGGAUGUGGUCAGGGUCACCAGGGGACUUUACACAACAGGUCUAUAUAAGGAGGCUGCUGCUGCGUGACUCGUGCCAGGAAAGCAGGUAAAUUGUUUGGCUGGUUUCUCUUCUUUGAGAGGCGCAAAUGUGUGUCAGAGGAAGCUUGUGGUGUCUUUUUAUAAAGCUGUAUUUUAGGGUGAGACGGGCUGACCCUUUGGGGGAUGCACCACCUUCAAAGUGCGGACUGAAGAUGUUUGGAGGAGAGGUGAUCAAACUGUAUGUGUUCUCAAAGGCUGAUUAUUGUCAGGUUGUAGGGAAUGCAACGUGACUUUUAUGUAAGUCAUAAAUCUUGGUGUAAAUCUGGAAACACUGACACAUAAAAUGUGUAAUUUAAUAAA